GUGGGUGGUCAAAGUUUCAGUUUUUUCCAAGCGGUGAGAUUUCAAGGAGAAUGGAUUCAAUCAACCAACGAGACAGAAUAUCAAGUUUACCGGAUGUAGUUCUGGUUAUGAUCCUCUCUUUCUUGUCCUUCAAGGAUAACAUAAAGACGAGCGUUCUCUCCAAGCGCUGGAGGAACCUCUGUUAUGAAACAGGGAACAUUUCCUUUAAGGAAUCCGAGUAUGUGGACCACUCUGUCUCCAACUUUUUCUCCAAAAGGGUGUCAUUUGUUUGCUAUAUGCUCAACUGGGUCUCUAGAGUUCCUGUAAAGGUUAUCGAAAGUUUUGAAAUUUUUCUCGGUUAUCCAGUUGGCUUCGAGGCAGAGAUCAAGUAUUUGAUUGAGUUUUCCAUCUCCAGACAAGUUAAGAAGCUAAUUCUUGAUUUCUCAAGCCCUUAUUGGAGAAACACAUGGGACAGAUUGAGAUAUGAUGACUUUGUUAUUGAAUUGCCCACAGUCAUUUAUGGUCUACAAACCCUAGAAUCAUUGACGAUUUAUGCAUGCUGGUUUGACCCCUCGAGAGUCGCAAACUUAGGACUAAGAAAGCUCUCUAUUGGUUGGUUCAGACUCGAAAAGAUCGAAUCUCUGCCAUCAAGGUGCCCUUUGCUUGAGAGUCUGAGUAUCAUCUCUUGUUACCUUGAUGAGAUUUUUAUGUUAGCUGGGCAAAUUAGAGAGCUGAUCAUCAAGAACUGCAUUUUUCCUAGCAUGUCUUGUUUGUUAAACCUACCUAACAUAGACAUCUUCAAGUACUCAGGAAAUGUUAUCGUUUUCGAUUUUCAAAAAGUGAAUAUGAGAUUACUGAAAGAGGUGUACUUAGAUUUUGGGAGCGACGAACCAACCUACUCAACUAAAGAAGCUGGAGAUAUUCUUUCUCAUCUUCUUAAUGAUCUUCGAUCUUCAAGGACUUUGACUGUAUGCUAUUAUCUCCUUGAGGUGAUUCCAGAAUGUAACGAUCCGGUUGAUAUGCUUCGUGAUGUGGAAACACACCAUCUGGUGCUAGAAACGCUUCUACAUCCGAAGGAGAUUACUGGAAUUAGGCUCCUUCUCGAUCACUGCCCGAACUUAGAGACACUCACUUUGAAGCUUCUUUGUCCAAGACCUUUCCCUAUGCCUUCGUACGGUGGCAUAUGUUCACAAACACUUUGGCUGGAAAACAUUUCAUCGAGGUGUUUGAGAAGGACUCUCAAGAUCCUGGUGGUUAGGGGUUUUUGUAAUAGCUCGAACGAGUUUUAUUUGUUGAACUAUUUGGUUCGGCCGGAGCAUGGGUAUGCAUUGGAAAGAGUUGAACUCUACAUGCCGACUUGGUUGAAAGAAACUGAAAGGCAGUGGGCACAUUUUGGAGCUGCGAUGUUGCAAAGCACUUCAAAUCGAGUACAAGUUAUUUUGCACAACGGUUGGUGCAUCUGUUGAUGUUUUCAAGUUUAAUUUAUCGACAUCUAAGGUUGGAACUUUUGAUAUCUUGGUUUGUUUGAUAUAUGAAUAAGAGCCUCGGAAUAACGAGGACUUGGUAUUGGUUUUCUUAGCAAACCAAAAACAAUAAUAAAUAUUUGAAUAAUCA